ACCACCAACUUACUCUCUCUCACACUUCCCUCCCAUUUUAAGUCACACACACACACUGCUCCUAUUUUUACAUCCCUUUUUUCACCUGCUCUCCUUAAUUCUCUGUUUGUUUCUCCAGAAAACUUACAGAAAUCUUAUUUUCUUUUUGCUCUAGCAACUAUAUUAUUGCAGAGAUGAAACCUUCUAUUGUAUGCGUAAAUUAGUUAUACGUAGAGGAAAAUUGCUAAGACGAAGCCUCAAAAAUUGGCAAAUGGAGGAACCUGGUGGGACUUUGAUAUAUUUCAACAAAAUAUGACCAUUAGAUGUAUGAGAAAGAAGUGGAGAGAGGCUAACCUCAAAAGCUUGUCUGAACUUUAUAAGCAAAAAAGGAAGCUCUCAUAACAUGGGAAACAGACUGCAAAAACCCCAAGAAACAAAGGUGGUAGAAGAGCACGAGCAACAAGUAGAAGAGGUGUCGAAUUUCACAUGUGAAAUAUGCUUUGAACCGAUGCUAUCGAACAGGAAAUUUAAGAAUGGUAGUUUAUGUUCUCAUCCUUUCUGCCUGGAUUGCAUAUCGAGAUAUGUUGAGGUAACAAUAGAAGCCAUCAGUGGGAACCUCAAAUGCCCUGGACUUAGUUGCAAGCAUCCAUUAGACCCUCUCUCAUGCAGGCCUAUCAUCGCAAAGCCUCUUUUCGACAAAUGGUGCGAUCUUCUAUGUGAUUCAGUGGCUUUAGGGGUCGAAAGGUGCUAUUGUCCAUACCGAGAUUGCUCAGCGUUGAUUUUAAAUGAAUGUAAGGAAAAUCUGAACAAAAUCAAAUGUCCUAACUGCAAGAAACACUUCUGCUAUCAAUGCAAGAUUCCGUGGCAUGCAGGAUAUCAGUGCACCGAGAGUGGACAACUGAGAGAUAGAAAUGAUGUUCUGGUUGGGGAACUUAUAGAGGAGAAGAAGUGGACUAGAUGCUAUAAUUGUGGCCACUCUGUUGAGCGAAUUAGUGGUUGCAGAGAAGUAAAAUGCAAAUGUGGAGUUCGUUUUUGCCAUCAAUGUGGAGAAAGAUUGCACUUGUGUUCUUGUAGGCACAAGCGUUGUGGAGAUGCUAUCUGCCUGUUCAUAUUUUUGGUGAUAUUUAUUAUAUUUUGCUAUCUCCUCUAUCUUACGCUGUGGAAAGGUUUCGUAAAUACAGCUUCGACGGAGAGAUGUUUAAGAAAUACUACGUACUUGUAAAUGAUGGUUAUAACCAAUGAGGUAUAGCUCAAAUGGUAUAAGCAUUUGGCAGCAAUAUGUUAGGUUGUGGGAUCGAUUCCUCGCACAAGCGCUUCCCCUCCAAUUUUUUUUUUUUUAAAAUGACGGUUAUAUAUGGUCCGGAGAAAAUUUGAACUUGUUGUUACUAAUGCCACUGUUAUGAGCACUGUUUUAAUAUAUUAUCAUGCAAAUAUAUGUGCAUGCACUCUUAUUAUGAUAGUGGAACCUCUGUUAUGGGUUA